CACGGGAGAGCGGGUGAGAGGCUAGAUCGGCGAGUGAGAGAAAGAGAGGGAGAGCAGCAAGCGCGGCUCGCCUCGGCUCCCAGGCAGCUCCACAUUGUUGCGGAUCGCCCGCACCGGGCGCAGCGGCAGUGGUGGGGACCCGUGGCGCACCUGGCUCGCUCCCCUUGCUCCUCCAAGACCGCGCAGCCCGGAGCCUCGAGGGCAGCUGCCCGCCGGAGCCCCACACCACCGCCUGGGCCCCGAGCCCUCCGCACCGCCCGGCCACCCUCUGGAGAACGGCCGGCCAUGGACGCCUGCAAGUUGGAGCUGAGCGGGAGGGUGUGAGCGCGCCCAGGGCCGGGAGCCUGCGCCGCGCUAGCCGGGCAGCCGGGCGCGCCGGGGGUGGGUCCCUCUCCCCAGCCCGGCUCUGCGUGGAAGAAGAGGGCGGGGACCGGGGUGAGGAAGAGAGCGGAGGAAGCGAAGGGGGCAUGACUCGUGCAACUUGCGGCGGGCAUCUGCCGAGGCUCUGAGCCGGCGGCAGCCCGGGCCCGGAUUGUGGCCGCGCGGAUCCCACCCAGCCCAUCCCGCCCAGGCCGACGGCUGCGGCUGACCUGGAUCCUCCGAGCGCCAGCCGGCCGCCAGCGAUCCGCCCUCGUCUUCCAGGCUGGUUUCUGGAGCGCGAGGAGCGCCCUCCUGGCCGCCCCUUUCGCUGGACCCCCGCCCUCCGAUGGCUCGGAUGGGGCUUGCGGGCGCCGCUGGACGCUGGUGGGGACUCGCUCUCGGUUUGGCUGCCUUCUUCCCAGGCAUUCACACACAGGUGGUGCAGGUGAAUGAUUCCAUGUAUGGCUUCAUCGGCACAGAUGUGGUACUGCACUGUAGUUUUGCCAACCCACUGCCCAGUGUGAAGAUUACCCAGGUUACGUGGCAGAAGUCCACCAAUGGCUCCAAGCAGAACAUGGCCAUCUACAACCCAACUAUGGGUGUCUCCGUGCUGCCCCCCUAUGAGAAACGAGUGGAGUUCCUGCGACCCUCCUUCAUUGAUGGCACCAUCCGCCUCUCCCGCCUGGAGCUGGAGGACGAGGGCAUGUACAUCUGUGAAUUUGCCACCUUCCCUACAGGCAACCGUGAGAGCCAGCUCAAUCUCACUGUGAUGGCCAAACCCACCAACUGGAUCGAGGGUACCCAGGCAGUGCUCCGAGCCAGGAAGGGACAGGAUGACAAGGUCCUGGUGGCUACCUGCACCUCAGCCAAUGGGAAGCCUCCCAGUGUGGUGUCCUGGGAAACACGGCUAAAGGGCGAGGCAGAGUACCAGGAAAUCCGGAACCCCAAUGGCACAGUGACAGUCAUCAGCCGUUACCGCUUGGUGCCCAGCCGGGAAGCCCACCGGCAGUCCCUGGCAUGCAUCGUCAACUAUCACCUGGACCGCUUCAGGGAGAGCCUCACACUCAACGUGCAGUAUGAACCUGAGGUGACCAUUGAGGGCUUUGAUGGCAACUGGUACCUGCAGCGGACAGAUGUGAAGCUUACGUGCAAAGCCGAUGCUAACCCCCCAGCCACCGAGUACCACUGGACCACGUUGAAUGGCUCCCUCCCCAAGGGUGUGGAGGCCCAGAACAGAACCCUCUUCUUCCGAGGACCCAUCAACUACAGCCUGGCAGGAACCUACAUCUGUGAGGCCACCAACCCCAUUGGUACCCGCUCAGGCCAGGUGGAGGUCAAUAUCACAGAAUUCCCCUACACCCCGUCUCCUGAACACGGGCGGCGUUCCGGGCAGGUGCCCACAGCCAUCAUUGGGGGCGUAGCAGGGAGUGUCCUGCUGGUGCUGAUUGUGGUUGGAGGGAUCGUAGUGGCCCUGCGCCGGCGCCGGCACACCUUCAAGGGUGACUACAGCACCAAGAAGCAUGUAUACGGCAAUGGCUACAGCAAGGCAGGAAUCCCCCAGCAUCACCCGCCCAUGGCACAGAACCUGCAGUACCCGGAUGACUCAGAUGAUGAAAAGAAGGCCGGCCCACUGGGCGGGAGCAGCUAUGAGGAGGAAGAAGAGGAGGAGGGCGGUGGAGGGGGCGAACGCAAAGUGGGCGGACCCCACCCCAAAUAUGACGAGGACGCCAAACGGCCCUACUUCACUGUGGAUGAAGCUGAGGCCCGUCAGGACGGCUAUGGGGACCGGACUCUGGGCUACCAGUAUGACCCUGAACAGCUGGACUUGGCUGAGAACAUGGUUUCUCAGAACGAUGGGUCUUUCAUUUCCAAGAAGGAGUGGUAUGUGUAGCCCCGUCUUCUGGAGCCUCUGUCUGUGCCCACUUCUCCCUGGCCCCUACCCGCACGACCCCUGCCCACCCCCCACAGCCCACUGCCCCAGGAGCUCGACAGAGACUUGACUAGCUGCCCUCAACCAGCCCCAAACUCCUGGGGAGCCAGGGGAGCUCAGGGCAGACCCCACUUGGCUUCUUUUUUUUUUUUUAUUUCCUCCCUCUCCCACCCUUCCCCACGGUGUUGUGUUCGACUGUGACUUCGGUGUUGCUGUAUCUCUCCUUUAAGGACCCCAUCCACUGCCCUCUGUGCAGGGAGCCCCGUUCUUGUCUUGUGUACUCGGGCAUCCCUCCAGGGUUUAGGGAGCCAGUCCCCUCCUAUCCCCCAACACUGGAAUUCGUUUGUGUUCUCUUCACUGGGGACGGAGGGCAGAGGGGGCUUCAGGAUGAAGAACACCCUCACCUCACCCCAUAUGCUGCUCCCCUUCCCAGAGAGAAGUCACUCAAUGUCCCCCGACUCUAAGCUGAUGCAGCCAGCGCACCUAAGAGGUUUUAGGGGAGUUCUCUAUGGUACCCAGGGGAGUCUUGUCUGUGAAACGAUGGAGCUGAGGUUCCUCCUGGGGUCCUGGGCAGUGUGUUUUCCUGGUGAGGGGGGCUUUAUGUUUUCUUUUUUUUUCCUUCUGGCCUACAAAAUGAGGUUGGCCUAGCUCUCAUAUACCCUUUCCUUUACCCCUAGUCCCUUCUCUACACAGUGAGUGACCCCGGGUGGACUCUACCCACAGUUCCUGUAUGCCUCCACCAACACAUGCACACACACACACACCACUGGGUCUCUGCCAGUCUCCCACAGUGCUCUCACGCCUUGCCCAGGCUAAACACUGCCCCAGGCCCUACCCUCUGCUCCGGCUCUCACUUCUUCCCAGCUUAGGGAAGUCCACAGAAGUGUCCAGAGACAGCUAGGAUGGACCACCCAGCUGCUGCCGCUCUAAGAUUUUGGUGUAUCUCCAACCUUUCAGGCAGUGUGCACGUUUCUCGGAUUUCUCUUUAUCUGUCAAGAGCUCACAAGACUUGACUCUUCUGGAAAGCCGGGGCUGGGACCUCAGGAAGGAAUUUGAGGCAAAGAAGUAUUUAUAUGGCGAGGGCAGCCUCGUGGAAGCUCUGCAAGCAUUCUGGUGACUGAAGGGGACUGCUAAUGUCUCACACAGGAAGGCCAGCAUACAUGUCACAGGUCUCCAAGAAAGUGCAGGGGCCCCCAGGAACCUGCUGCUUGUCCACAGUCUGUCCCCCUACUCAGUUUCUCCUGGUGCCAUACUGAGAUGAAGGGGACCGUGGAAGGGCCGGCCUUUGCAUGCAGACUCCCUCUUUGAAUGGGACUCUGGCUUCUUCUGCCAUCUGGGGUUGGGCUUUCCCUUGAGGUGCACGGAGAAAAGCCCCCUCCCAGCCCUCUGUCCCGAAGCUCAAAGUGCCUCAGUUUUUCCAUCUGUGCCCCCAGACUCCCCACAUUCUAAAUGGGCAUGCCUAUGCCCUGGGGUAGGCAACAUGGGCUGCAAGAGCCUUAGGGCCCGCCUGCUAGGAUCUCCGCUAACAGCCCAAGGCGACGCUCUGAGGGAUAGCAAGUGUGGGGGAGAGGGAGGCAGACCAUUCUGUGCCCCACGGGCACUGACCCACCCUGCCAUAGGCUUCCUAAGGGAGCCCUAGUCCUCAACCCGCACCCCUCCCUGGUGCUGCUAUUGAAUUCCCAGUCCAAGCGCCAUCUCUGGCACCCCUCAGCCCCCCGAGCUGGGGCCCUUUGGCCAGGCCCUCACUGCCCUAGUCCCAGCCCAGGCUGCCCAGUAGCCACGUAGCAGAAGUCUGAAGCCAUGCUAGCCCUGUGGCAGCUCUCCCCUCUUGGCAUUUGGGGACACUGGAUGGGGUGGAGUUCGGGGAAGAAAAUUCUUGGGGCCUUUCUAGCCACAGGGUGGAGGAAGAUGGAGGAGCUGGGCUGCUUCUCUCAGCAGUAUUAAUGUCCCUCCUGUGUCUCAUUUCCCCCCUCCUCAUGCCCAUUCUGGCCCCUCUGCUUGGUCCCCUUACCCCCAAGGCAGGAGGCGGAAGCUUGACUGCCCCAUAGAGGCGUUUCUGUCCCUAUGGAACCGUAACACUGAAAGGACUCACCCUCCUGCCAGUCUCGAACCUUUCACUGUCACCCACCUUGUUCCUUAUUUUGUGAUGGAUUGAGGAGGCCCUGGGCCCGGACAAAGCACCUAAGCUCCCCUUAAGACACCUGCACGCCUUCCCCACCCCAAGCAAAGCACAAUUUUAUGGGGUCCAUGCAGCAGGAUCCCAGCUGUGGCACUGCUACCAGGCAGCUGCUACCUGGGCUAAGAGAGGAAAUGAGGCAGGAGUCAGUAGCUGGGCCUAAAGAGGACGGGCUUUCUUUGCCCUGUGUGAAGGGGGGUGGGGGGGUAGGGGGGACGGACAGGGGCCACAUCCCGCUAACAGUGGAAAACCCAGAGCAGCAGAGCAGAGGGCAUUCAGCCUCACCGCCAUGCCCCCAACCCAAGCUGAGCACCUGCCUUACUGCACAGAGAAUAAACUUGGUGUGUUAACUGUGCCAAGGCCUCUCGGGUUGUCAUCUCUGCUGCCCCUGGACUCCUGUGUCCCUGCAGAUUUUGAUAGUGUUCUGAAGUCCAACAACCCUCUGAGUCUCUUUUGCCCAGGCAGACCUGGAAAGAACAGAGCAGCACCCAAUCAGUGAACACAUGCCCAGCACACUGACACACGCCUUCCACAGACCAAGCACAGGUGUGUGUAUGUGUGUGUGUGUGUGUGUGUGUGUGUGUGUGUGUGUGGUGUGCGCACACAAGUACACACACGAGGAGUGAGAAGCCCUCACUCAUGCUCAGGCCCAAGACAGAUGGACGGGGGGCCCAAGCCCAGGGAAGGUGCCCCUCUGCCAGCCACCCCCGUGUGCCCCAGUCACUGGUGCAAUAACUUUGCUGCUGCCCUCGAGGUGGGAGAAUCAGGACUCCUGUCAAGGGGGUUGGGGCCACUCCUCUGAGCCCAGCGGACACUGCAUUCCCUUUCCUGGGAGGAGGGGGGGUGCUCCCAGGCCUCUGGGGGUCCAGGUAGAGACAUCCCCAAGCCUGACUGCCAACUGAAACACCCUCUCCUGGUGAGGGCAAGUGGCUCAAGUUGACCUGGGCCAGAGAUACCCAGAGUUGAGGAAUCCGGGUCUCGCUGCUGCUGCUUUCUGACCCUGGCUAUGAGGAAUAGGCUUGGGGGCGGGGGGUGAGUCUUGUUUUUGUUUUUGUUUUAACAAAUGGAAACAAAAUCCGGAGAAGCUGCCAGGCUCACCCGCCGCUGAGUGUGGCCAGCUUCCUUUGCUUCAGUUUCUUGUCACUGUUUUCCUCUUUGGUCCUGGGGACAGCCCAGCAGAUUCUCCUGGUUCUGACCUGGGGAGGGGGGGUGUCCCACCCCCUUUUACUUGUAUUAAAAAAAAAAGAUGGGUUGAAAAUGUACUGAGAAAAAAAAAUGUACUUUUUUAUAAAUAAAGUGUUUUAAA